AUGGCUGGACGUCAACUGAGCUAUGAAGAGUUGGUACACCAUAUUGUAAGCGGAACACCAGUUCCUAAUAUUUUGCAUGUCCCUAAUGUGACUCUAGACGCAUCCCUUAGUAAAGAAUCAAACAUACGGCCGCGAGCUAAACCAUGGGAAAAGCCUUGCACAGCAAGCAUACCAGAAAAAGCUUCCAAAGAAUCUUCCGCUGCAGUAUUUCCAGAUCAGGAGUACGUUCAGCGAUCACAGAGCUUAGAGAGCCUUUCAAAAUACUAUUCAAUGGAGACUGAGUUUGAGCAGCAAAUGCAGCGGUUCUUGAGCGAAAACGAGGGCACAAAUAGUAGCACAGUCUCGCGACAGCUGUGA